AUGGCGCUCUCCGCUCGGCCGCUGCUGGCCUCCGCGCUCCUCGCGCUCCUCCUCGCCGCCGCCUCGGCCGCCGACAGCAAGAAUAACCCUGCCGAUGAGCUUGUGACCUUGAUCAACGCCAACCGCACCGCCAGCAAGGCACCUAGCCUUGCUGAUAAUCAAGGUCUUGGAUGCAUUGCUCUGCAGUACAUUAAAGCAUAUAAGGGUGAAUGCGACCAGGUGGGUGAAAACAAGAAACCUGUCGAUUCCAGUUUCACCGACACAUUUGCCCCAAACUGUGGUGUUCAAGCUACAACUCUUGCCAAGAUCACUGGGAGGCUUCUGGCGUGCCAGCCCGCCUACCCGCCUCCAGCUCAGGCCUUUGGCAUGCUGAUUUCUGAUGCAAGGAGGCUUGAGAUAUUGCAUAGCAAGAACCACACACAGGUGGGGGCGGCUGUCACUGGCACUUCUGGUACAGGGCCGUAUUUUUGGUGUGUCUUGUUCAGCGAUGGGAAGCCAAACUCCACCUUCACGGUAGAAGGGGGAGUUCCCAAGACAGCCCACCCUGGAUGCUUUAGCGGCAACAAUGACGAGUGCAGUGGCGCCAUUUCGACUGGCGUGAGUACAUGGAAACUGGUGUCAGCCAUUAUUUUUUCUCUGUUUGGCGUCUUUACUUUGUGAGCUCGAAUUGAAAUGCUAUGGUGCGCCAUUCUUUUGCGGAUUUUCAGAUCUGGUAGAACACACAAUUGUUGCGGUGCUUGUAUUUUACCACACUCCCUUUGCUCGUUAUAGCUGGUGAUUUCUGUCAGGACCUAAAAGAAUCAUGGUUUUGAGCAUUUGGGAGAACGAGUUACCUGUGUUGUAUGUAAUCUCUGGAUUUUCGCAGUAGUCAUAAUCUUAUUACAGU